AUGGAGGAAGGCCUCCCUCAGAUAGGAUUGGAUGCCAGGGCUGCCAGUGUUUCCGCAGAGCAGAUGAACUGGCCUGCAUCCAUGCUGGAACUCCAAGUGGUUCUUGGAGCGCUCUUUAGAAUCUUGACAUCUUUGGAGGCCAGUGGGGAUGAAUGGGUAGUUCAGCGGGUGGCUACUACUCUAAGCUCCCACCUACUACCCUGGAAAAAUGCAGAAAGUACCCCUGACAAAUGCCUAACUGACCUCUGGGAAAUUCCGAUUUGCACACUGGUUUGGCCCAGCAUUGCCGGAGAAAUCUCCUGGGAUGUGUCAUUUGUUACUUUGAACUUCUUGGUACCAGGACUGCUUAUUGUGAUCAGUUACUCCAAAAUUUUACAGAUCACGAAGGCGUCAAGGAGAAGGCUCACGACGACCCUGGCUUCCUCGGAGAGCCACCAGCUCCGUGUGUCCCAGCAGGACGUCCGGCUCUUCCGCACCCUGUUCCUGCUCAUGAUCUCCUUCUUCGUCAUGUGGAGCCCCAUCAUCGUCACCAUCCUCCUCAUUCUGAUCCAGAACUUUGAGCAAAACCUGGUCAUCUGGCCGUCCCUCUUCUUCUGGGUGGUGGCCUUCACCUUUGCCAACUCGGCCGUCAACCCCAUUCUCUACAACAUGUCACUGUUUAGGAACGAAUGGAGGAAAUUUUUUCACUGCUUCUUCUUCUCAGAAAAGGGAGCCAUGUUUACAGACACAUCUGUCAGAAGAAAUGAUCUGUCUGUUAUUUCCAGCUAG